ACGGUUAAGGGCAGCAAUAAGAAAAUGGCGAUGUUGUUUACUUAUUUAUGCGAGUAAGGUUGUAUUUACUCUUUUAGAAUUCUAGAAAACCUCUUUUUUUUAGGUCUUAUAGUUUCAGUUUUAUAGCGGAAGUAUUAGGCUAUUUUAACAACCACCGUUUAAACAUUUCUAAGGCGUCGCGUUUGACUGAAGUUUAUAAAACUGUAUGUAGUAAUAUUUGUUUGCUAGCAGGUAGCGCUUAGCGUCAAAGUAUGAAGUUAGUUAAAGUUAGGCUUUUAAACGAGGCUAAAGUUAUUGCUUGAUAUAAGAGACCGAUAUGUCUAAGCUGUUAGUCAACAUUUGACCAAAACCGAUCCGUUUUCACCAUUUUGUUGAGCUAAACGGGCUGUAUUUAUGGCCAUAUCAUAGCAGUAUGGCCCUGCACAACCUAGUGUUUGUUAUCGAUGUCGAUUAUGAAGAUUACCAGACAGACGGUCGGCUCGAUGUUCGAAACAGUUUCAUAAAACGGGGAAUAUUAUAUAUCCUUUUGCAUUUCGGCUACAAAUAUGGUUUUGAGAAGGUGCGUUGGGGUUACAGUUUUUUCCAGGCGAAGGCUGGUCGCAAUGCGGGCGUCAUAUCGAGAGGAUCUGACUUUAAGGAGCUGCGAAACAAAACAUUUGAGGAUUUUGAGCAGGAGUUUGAAGCCAGAUUUGACCUGAAGGAUAAAGUGCGUCCUUCUCAACACAGGCGACAGACAAAUAAAGCGGUUUCUGUUCAAAACGCUGUGAAGGAAACUCUGUUGGACUUCCAGUGGGACAGACCAGACAUCACCUCUCCUACCAAACUUUCCCUGAGGCCCAGGAAGUCUGGUCUGGUUGGAAAACUUGCUCUGUCGCAACUAAAUGACUCUGUUUGCAGUGGCAGGAACAUGGUGUUUGUAGUCUCACGGUGUCCCCAUUCAAGGGCCCAUUUUCUGGACUACCUGUCUUUAAAAGAGGACGAUCUGCCAUCAGAUGUGACCGAAUACAUCCUGCCAAAGAGUCUUAACGACUUGCUUGUUCAGCAACAAGUUGUUCUUCACUGGAUUGACAGUCGGUUACAGUUUGAGGUAAUGAGCUGUGAGGACUCUUUUGGUUCUGACAAGCUGUCUGCAGUACUCGCUGAAGUUGGUGGCAGAGUGAUCCCCGUGGUUGCCCUGUUGAACCUCUGCUCCAGUCGCAGAUCAGACUCAGGACCUGAGGGAGAAACGUUCUUGAUCAACUCCAGCAUCGGAUAUCUCCUGUCACCUGAGAAGCUCCACCAUCUGGCUUUUCCUGCCUCAUCUGGUGUUCUGCGGUGGGAUCAUGAAAAUUCGACUCAUAGCUGCCACAUCGUGGUGGAGCCGGUGUCUCGUGGUCAGAGGUUUCUGCAGGACUCUGCAGAGGUGUACCUAAAAGGAGUGCUGCAGGGCUGGGAUGCUUCAUUGCUGACACAAACGUCCACAGAGUCGUGGGUGCUGCAGAACAACGAAGCUGCUGCCUUCUCUCAUCUGCUCAGGCAGCUGUCUGCCCUUUCUCUUCAUAUGCUUGCUGAAGUCAGUCAGAAAGGCUUGCUGUGCUCAGCUGUCUUCUCUCCGCUGUCCCAGUCCACGGCUCUUCUCACCGUUCUCCAGCCAAACAUCUUACAGCACGACCAGCUGAUGAGCACAGAUAUCAUCGUCUCAGACCAAACCUCUGCUGAUCUGCCAGAUGUGGUGAAUAGUGUCCUGGGUGUAAUCUAUGACAUCAUGAAUCAGGACGGCGAAGGGCCCAAAGAUGAGGUGAAGGAUUCUCAGGCGCCAGAGUGGGUUCUACAGGAACUCAGCUACAGGCCCAAAACAACCAACAUGCUGGAGACCUGGUUCCCCCAGUCGGAUCAGUCAGGAGUGAGCGCCACUUUAAUGGAGUCAAUAAGAUUGCUUCAUGCGGCGCCGGAUCAACAUGCAGAUGAUGAUCUUUCUGAGGCUCAUCAGGAUCUAGUCAGCGCUCUGUCUGAACUGUACCAGGGAUCCCAGGAGACAUUCAGCAAGAGGGCCAAGAAACUAGGAGGUGCCCAUCGUACUCCUGUGAAGCAGAAAAUGAAGACAAUGAGUCGCUCUUUGCAAAUGCUGAAUGUGGCGCGCCUGAAUGUCAAAGCGCAGAAAACUGAGAGUGAGCCGGCGGGGAGUGAGAGCAGGGGUGCCGACAGACCAGGGAAAAAACGAAACAGUGACAGAAACAAACCCGGAGGAGCAGCUGCUCUCAGUUUCUCCAGUGAGGAAGAGCUGCUGUGUCAUCUGAAGGCCAGCUAUGACAAGACUGUAGCAGAGGGAACCUCAUCUCUACUGAAUGUACAACAGCUGCUAUACGCUGUCAAAACCUUCCUGGGUGCUGAAUCAGACUGGGAGGAAAAGGCCGUUUCAAUUGUUCAUCAGCACCUCAUGAAGAACUGCAAAUCAAUCCGUCAGCUCUACAGAGGGGCUGAGGAUGCUGAGAACAAAGUCACAGAGUGCAAACUGCAGGUGAUGUUACGGCUGGAGCUGUGCAGGCGUUUCUGCUCUCGGCUGCCUGACUCGCUGGAUGCAGAUCAAAUAGCAGAGGAGGCAGCUGAAUUACUCCGGAUAAUCUCAUUAACUAAAGACCCAGUGUGCCUAGCGAGGUUCCUUCAAGAUGAAGUCCUCCCAGGGUUCCUGACUGCUGUUCCUAAAGUGCUUGCAGACAUCUACAGCAGCCUGGGCACUCAGCUUCCCGAUGCUUUAGUGGCUGUCCUGCCUGCUGACUUCUUCAGUGACGACUCUGUCGCCAAGGACAGUAUUUCUCCUUCUGCUUCCUCGCCUCCCGUCUCCACACAGAGCCUCGCUUCCGAGGAGGGUUUACACCAACUGCGAAAUCGUUCAGCCAACAAGCGGAGGAGUGGGAUGUUGACUCGACAUCGCAGUUUGACUGAAUCCUCCCAGAGUCUUCGUCAAAUCCAGCUGCCCAAAAAGAUCACAAGAGCAAGCAAAACAAAGAUCUCUACUGCUUUGGAGAAACCUGUAGAAAUACAGCAACCUCAGAAACAGCAAACCCAAGAAGUAACCAAAGUACGAAGAAACCUGUUCAACCAAGAAGUUGUUUCCCCUUCGAAGAAAAGAAAGCUGCCGAGGAGCCAGUCUGUGUCUGCAGUGGAGGGACUGAAACGCCAGCGUCCUCCUGAGUGUGAAGAAAAGCAUAAACUUCUAACAAAGAAGGUGUGUGAGACGCCUCUGCAUAAGCAGGUAUCCAGUCGCCUCUUACAACGGCAGAAAAUAGGAAGGAAAUCUGACCCAACUGAGGAGUGCAUAGUAGAAGAAUCACCAGUAAAACCAGCCGAAGACCUGAGAAGGAGCCCAAGAAUAAAGAAGCUUGCCAGACGACACUCCAGCAUCUUCUACUCGAGUUCUCAGCCUCGUUCCAGGAACCUUGAGAGAGCCCUUUCUUCAUCUCAGCUGCCGCUCAGCGACAGCAGCAGCUGUGACGUUGAUGUGAAGGCGGUCCAGUCUCCUAUCCGUCUUCUCUUCGGAGCCGCGGUUUCCCCCGCGGGUUCCAGCGAAACCCAGACCACCAGGGCUCGGCUGUUCACAGACUCCAGUGUUUUUGAGAGUCCGAACAAAACCCCUGCAAAGACGCCCUCCAGACGAGGAAGGAAUCUGUCUCCUGUGAUUCCAGGGACCCCUCAAACCCCAAACACCCCCAGAACCCCUGCGUCUAAAAUGAAUGUUUCAGCGGUCGCAGAGAGUCCUGCGUCCACUAAGGCCAGUCCUUUGAAAUCUGCAGGCAAAGAGCCUCUUUUCCUAAAGACGCCAAGUAAGCAAAGCCCAGCCAGGAGUCCUUUGAAGGGUAUUCUUAGGACUCCAGUCAAAGCUUCUGAGCUGUGUAAACUAAACAGCCCAUUGUCCAAGACUCCCAAGAAGAGCGUCACAUGGUCUCCGUCGCCUCAGAAACGUAGAGGGGAGGAGGACCGUGCAACUUUCAAAGUUCCUAAGUCACCAAGUUCAGCUUCUCUUGGUUCUCUGAGACAAAUGAAAACUCCCAGCCCAGACCAAAGCACUAAAGCUAAAAGAGACAUUUUUAAAACCUCAGAUAAAACCUGCCAAGUCAGCCUAGUGCGGCUAACCGAGCAUGAUCUCCUGACUCCAGAAAAAAUUCUGAGACAUGUAACUAGCAGCACAGAUAAAACUAGGGAUGUGGUUGAUCCGGAAACGACGCCUCCAUCACCUCUGGAACCAUCAACCUCACGUUUCUCACCUGAGUGCAGAAGCAGAGUGAAAACACCGAGUCCUGUUCACCAGAUGGUUACUCGCUCUGGGCGAACUCCAAGGAAAGGGUCAAACACCGCACCCCUGCUUCCAGCAACACCUCCAGACGGUGACGGGGCUCCAACAGAACCAGCUUCUGUAGGCUUGCUCUCAACCGAGGAGCAGACGGAAACACCUCGGUCUUCUGAGACCAGUCUCCAGACUGAAUCUCAGGAAGCGGACUCCUCUCAUGGUAACUCUGCCACCACAGACGACAACAGCUUGGAUAUCGUUGAUGCUACAGUGGUAAAGACUCAGCUUAAUCAAGGCAUAAAGAUGAGCAUUAGCUUCUCAAGGAAGUCCUCUGUGUCAAGUUCAGACUACCUCCUAGGAAGAGCUUCCCCUGAGCAGGCUCUGCCGCUUCAAAGCACGCCAAGUCGGAACUACGGCUUCCGAAAAACCCCCGACCGCCAGCAGAGGGAGGCCGCAGCUCGUUUAGGGUACGGGAACGAUCCCCCUCGAUUUUCAACCCCGAGAGGCUCUGCAAGAUCCACCAGUAAGAAAGGCUCAGAUACUCCAAGUUCUCAUACCUACCAAGUGGAACUGGAAAUGCAGACUUCAGGGCUUCCGAAGCUUAAAAUCAGACGAACAGACUCCAUGAAUGCAGACGGUGGUUCUCCUCUACCAGGAGCGCAGAGCCCUUUAGUUGGCGCAAAGACUCCCGUGGAAAGCCCCUUGGCCCUGACGUCCAAACCCAGAGAUCCCGCCAGUUACUCUCCAUCUCUCUGUACUCACGUCACUCCCGGAAAAGGAGGCGUUGUCCAAACCUUCAUCUGUCAGUCCUAUACACCGACACGCCAUUGUGCAGUCAGCUCAUCUCCUGUUCCGGGUGCGGUGGCCGACCUGAUCCCCCUCACCCCUUCGCCUCAGAGUGUGGGCAAAAAGACUCCAGAGAACCUGAACAGCUGGCCUCGCAGGAAGAGGCCUCAGCUCGGCGUGUUCGGGGGGAAGGAUCGCGUCCAGAGGGGAGAGCCUCGCCUGGAGGAGCUGCUGGAGGAGGCGGAGCUCGGGGUUAGUCGCCUGCAGGACUUUGAAGACCCUGAAGAGCCCUCAAGCAGUAAAUCUGAAAAACUGGCUUGGACCUUUAAACAGUCGCCCCCGGUGGCAGUAAAUGUGUCCCCCCUCUCCCCUGGCGAGGACUUGUAUUGGAUGGCCAAGCUGGCUGACGGCGCAGACUGCGCCGAUCCUGAGAAACCUGCUGAACGCCUCUGGGCAGCAGAAACUGGAGAUGUGAAGUCAAAAGUUACUCCUCCCAGUCGGAAGGGGAUAAAACCCGUAACCCCGAGUGGUAUUUUGGCCCUCACUCAGUCUCCGCUGCUGUUUAAAGGAAAACCAGGUUCCACUAGUAAGAAAACAGCAAACUUUAAAGCCGAGGCGACCUCAGGGAAAACAGAAGGUGGACAUGAGCUCUCGCCUUUCAGCCUUUCUCAGCCCACCAGGCGCUCCAACAUGGGGAAGACUUGCAGCCGGAAGAGGCUCCUGCGUUGAGGCAGAUGAAGACAGCGGAGGUCGCAGAGAGAAGAUGUCUGUUCUGCACUGUGAAGCUGAGGCUAUGGGAAAGUCAUCUAAGAUAAACUGGGAAGGUUUUCUUUCAUUGAAACCGUUAGUUUAAAUGGUGUUAAAGAAUAGCUUUCACCACAACUAAAGUGUCCAUGUUUGUUUCUUUAAACCCUCGGAUCUUUUCCCCAAUUUCUAUGCUAUUGCUUAUUUAUUAAUUGCUUUUUUUUAACUUUGUUUUUCAGUGAAAUGUGUUUCCUGAAAUCUUGUAAAUAUGCUAAAUGUUGAUAAAUUCUUGUAAAUAAACAGUUUUUCUCAA